AUGGCUCCGUACCAAAUAGACACAUGCAUGCCAACUUGUUCUACUGUGGCAGAACCAGACAUUGGAUAUCAUAUCACCGACGCCAAUGUUCAUGUUCCAAAAUUUAAUAGCCCCAAAAAAAAAAAUUGCUCAGACGAAUCAGCAGCUGAUAUUUGUCAGGUGAGAGUGUUGGGCCUAGUGAGGGACACCGCCAAAUUAAGCACAAAGCAGGAGCACGUAUGGGAAAUGGACAGGAAGUCAGAAAGAAACCACAAAGUCGAAAAAUGGUGCUACGGACAAGGUCAACACAGAGCUGAGAGGCCAACUGUUGAGGCCCACCACCCGGACACAGUUGGGCAACUCAUAGAAGUUAGAACGUUUAGAACGACUGGUAGUUUGAAGGGUCAGCAUGACUUGUCUCCUAAAUCCAAGUGUCUGAACAGAGCCGGCCCGAUGCCCUCUAAAAGACUAAAACCCCUCUAA